AUGUCUACAAACAAGUCUACAAACAAUCACACGUAUUCACCUCCUUCGAACGUAGUAUGUCUUCCGCGAACAAACCAACUCGAAGCUUUAUUGACAAUAAUCCGAGAUAAAGAUACUAAUCGUGGAGACUUUAUUUUUUAUUCUGAUAGAAUAAUUAGACUCCUUGUCGAAGAAGGGCUAAACCAUUUACCCGUUGUUGAAAAGAAAGUCAUUACACCAACAGGAAGUGAAUUUAAUGGCGUUUCCUUCAAGG